CCAGGGUCCAGCCCGCCGCCGCGCCGUCCGGCUCCUGAACCUCGCCGCCCGCCCGCGCGCCUCGCGCUCCUCAGCCAGGGGGAAGCCGUCGGGGACAGGGCCGGAGCCCAUCGCCGCCUGCAGCUGCCCUGAUCUGGAGUCGCUCUGAUUCCUGGAGCCCACCGUGGCCGCGCCCCCUAGCGCUUCCUCGCAGCCUGUGGCAGGUUUGGUGUCUGCAGCAGGUGCUUCCAGCCCCCGGUGAGCUGCGAGAGAGGCCGUGGACUGGGCAGCCCGGCCGGGGCGGCGAAGUCACCAUGUCCACCAAGGUGCCCAUCUACUUGAAGCGCGGCAGCCGCAAGGGCAAGAAAGAGAAGCUUCGGGACCUGCUGUCGUCCGACAUGAUCAGCCCGCCGCUGGGGGACUUCCGCCACACCAUUCACAUCGGCAGCGGGGGCGGCGGCGACACGUUUGGCGACAUCUCCUUCCUGCAGGGCAAGCUCCACCUCCUGCCCGGCACGGCCGCCUCCGAGGGGCCUGAGGAGGACGGCGCCUACGACCUCCCCUUCCAGUUCACCCGCACGGCCACCGUGUACGGGCGGGAGCUCCCCGACGGGCUGUCCCCGCUGCUCAAGAACGCCAUUUCCCUGCCGGCCAUGGGCGGGCCCCAGGCCCUCACUCUGCCCGCCGCCCAGGCCCCACCCAAGCCGCCUCGCCUGCACCUGGAGAGCCCCCCGCGUUCCCCACAGCCCUCCCCACCGGAGGCGGGCAGCGUGGACCUCUGGAGAAUCCCGGAGGCUGGCUCGCCCCCCAACGGGCUGACCCCAGAGCCGGGCGCCGAGGAGCCCUUCCUGUGCCACGCCAGCUCCCUGCUGUCCCUGCACGUGGACCUGGGGCCCUCCAUCCUGGACGACGUCCUACAGAUCAUGGAGCAGGACCUGGACCGCGUGCAGAUCCCCACGUAGGCCCCGCGGCACCCCGGCUGGGGCGACGCCCGGAGGUGGCGUGUGGACACCUGGCCCAGGAGUCACGACCCCAGCGCCCACCCACGGGGUCGCAGCCACUGAUUCUCAUUUUGAGCCUUUGUUUCCCCUCCCCCACCCCAUCCUCUCCCCAAGAGGGGGCCUCACGCUUUCCCCUAACAACCCACAAGGACACGGACAGAAGUCAGACUUGAGUGCCAGCUGCCCCCUCCACGCCCCGUGCCUGGGGCGCCUUGGACGGCGGCUCUGGGAACGGACUCAGCCUCUCCUGCCUCAGCCCGCCGGGGCGCCCCGGUUGGCGGCUGAGAGCUCCGGCAGGCACGGGCGGGCGGUUCUGGACCUCGAGCUUUGACCUGUGUCCUGGACGUGGAGCGCGGUUAUCAGAGACCAGCAGUGUCCUGCCUCGGUCCCUGCCCGUCCCUCCCUCACAUGACCAGGGGAUUCUGGUCGCAAUAAAAUAUGCUGCUGCUGCUGC